CGAGGCGUCUGCCGCUCGGCCUUCUGGGAGUUGUAGUUCGUUUCCCAGCGCGGGCCCCUCACGCCCCGCCGCCCACGGGCCGUUUUGGAUCGUUUCCACGUUGCGGGCUUGGCGCGCCGGCCGAAGGAGAGGCUCCCGUCCCGCGAUGGCCGAAGCUGUCUUCCGGGCCCCAAAGUGGAAAAGGAGGGUCUUCGAGAGUUACGACUCUCCGUUCCCGCUGCCUUUCGGUCAGCGGGAUGGGAGCGAGCGACCUUUCCGAGUUUACCGGGCUGAAAUGAUCAACAAUCACGUCGUCGUGAGGCACGCGGAGGACAUCGAGCAGUUGUACAGGAAGGGCUAUUUUGGAAAAGGCAUUCUGUCCAGAGGUCGCCCGGAUUUCAGCAUUUCAGACCCUGCUCUGGUUGCCCGGUGGGAAGAUACCAGGUCAGGCCUGCCUUUACUCACAUCUCGAAAGUUUCAGCGGCGGGUGGCGUGGGCCGAGAGGGUCCUACGAGAGCAAGGCCAGGAGGACUCUUCGGCCCGGGCGAUCCUCGAGGAGUACACCAGGCCGCGAGGGGCCGGAGAGGCUCCCCCCGAUCCGGAGAUGGACCCCUCGCCUGACCCGUCGGCUCCACCCGCCCCAGCUGCUCGGGAACACGGUGGCCAGGCGGUGGGUGGCCGCGAGCCGGCCGAUAGCCGGGAACGGGCAGGUCCCGGGCCCGCCCGGAAGAGACAGCGCGAGGAGGAGUACGUGUUGGUUCAAGAGACGGCGAGUUCUCCGAGGGGCGAGGCAGAAACAACGGAAGGACAAUUGGGCAACAGAGACGAGCUCGUGUGCAGAAGAAAUCCAUUCAGGAUCUAUGAGUAUUUACAACUCAGCUUGGAGGAGGCGUUCUUCCUGGUCUAUGCCCUGGGAUGCCUAAGCAUCUCCUACGAGGAGGAGCCCCUGACCAUCAUGAAGCUCUGGGAAGUUUUUACCGUCCUACAGCCGACGUUCCGAGCAACGUACAUGGCGUACCAUCACUUCCGCAGCAAAGGCUGGGUGCCCAAAGUCGGGCUGAAGUACGGCACCGAUCUCCUGCUGUACCGCAAGGGCCCACCCUUUUACCACGCCAGCUACUCUGUCGUGGUGGAAUUAGUUGACGACCAGUUUGAAGGGUCCCCACGCAGGCCGUUCACUUGGAAGUCACUGGCUGGCUUGAAUCGAACAACGGCUAACGUCUCUAAGGAACUUAUGUUGUGCUAUCUGAUUAGACCAUCCACUAUGACUGAAAAAGAAAUGGAAUCGCCAGAGUGUCUGAAAAAGAUUAAAGUUCAGGAAUUGAUCUUAAGUCGCUGGGUCUCGUCCCGGGAGCGCUGUGACCAAGAUGAGCUCUAAGCGACACAGUGACGCGUCUUACCCGGCGCUUCGAAGAGCGCGUGGCACCUAGCGAGCGCUUAACAAAUACCCUCAUCAUCGUGUAACGGCGCUCAAUAAACAGAUAAAAGCCC